UCUGCAUGGCGAGGGCUUUACACUCCUGCUCAUACUGCUCUGAUUUUGUUGCCCCUACCACGAAGCGAUUGCUGAGGCAUGUGAAGUUAGUUCACUCACAAGAACCUGGAUUUAAAAUACGAUGUUCAUAUCCUCACUGCUCCAGAAAUUUCUCCAAUUACAGAACCUAUCAAAACCACUUAAUUCGCCAUUGUAGGCAGAGGCUUACUAGAGAGUACCCAAAUGAAGUCAGCGGCAACGAAGAGGGACGUACUGAAGAGCAUGGAGAACCAAAUGAAGAGGUACAACCAGACACUACUGCUUUAACUGAAAAUAUUGCUAAUGACGUCAGGAACUUUUGUGCCAAAUGGAUUUUGAAGACUUCCGAAUUGAGGAAACUCACCAGGAAGGCCUCCCUUGGCAUCGUCGAAGAUGUAUCAGGUUUGAUAAGGCAAAUAUGUUCUAUUCUGCAUCAGCAAGUGUCACGUCAUUUAUUAAGAAACAACAUCAGCAUCACUGAUGAUUUGAUGGAUAUUUUUUCUGAGAGCAAUGAUGUGAUAACUCCUUUCAGAUCAUUAACAACAUUUCAUCAGCAACUUAAUUUUUACAAGGAAAAUUUCAAUUUAAUAAUGCCAAGAAAGGAAAUUAUUUCAGAAAAACGUUUUCUCUUUACAACUUGUGGAGGCAAACAUAAAGUUAAGGUGCAAAGAGAAGAAGUGUUUUAUGUACCAAUAAUUGACACACUUAAGCAAAUGCUGCAGAACAAGACAAUUUUGAAAGAAGUAAUGAUGUCUCAUGUCAGUGACAAUGAUAGCAUUAUGGCUGAUUUUUGUGAUGGGACACAUUUUAAGAGUCAUUCCUUAUUCAGCGUUGAUCAAUCAACAUUACACUUGCAUCUCUAUUAUGAUGAGCUAGAGUUGU